AGGAAGCGGUGCCAGGCUGCAGGCGAGCGCGGAGCAGCAGCCCCGGCGCAGAGCAAGGUGCCGCCGCUGCCCAGCUGGCGAGGGCGGAGAGGCGCCCGCGAAGCCCCGGCCGCAGCGGCCCCAGCCCGGCAGCGCGGCGGCUCCCUCCUGGCGCCUUGGGCUCCCGGGUAUAUGUGUGCGCCUGGCCAUGUCGUAUCCUCAGGGUUACUUGUAUCAGCCGUCAGCGUCCUUGGCUCUCUACUCCUGCCCGGCGUACAGCACCAGCGUGAUCUCCGGACCCAGGACCGAUGAACUUGGGAGAUCUUCUUCGGGCUCCGCUUUUUCCCCUUAUGCCGGAUCUACCGCGUUUACUGCCCCUUCCCCGGGUUACAACUCCCAUCUCCAGUACGGCACCGACCCGGCCGCUGCCGCCGCCGCCGCCGCCUUCACUUCCUACGUGGGCUCGCCCUACGACCACACGCCGGGCAUGGCCGGCUCCCUGGGGUACCACCCGUACGCGGCGCCGCUCGGCUCCUACCCCUACGGAGACCCCGCGUACCGCAAGAACGCGACGCGGGACGCCACAGCCACCCUCAAGGCCUGGCUCAACGAGCACCGGAAAAACCCCUACCCCACCAAGGGCGAGAAGAUCAUGUUGGCCAUCAUCACCAAAAUGACCCUUACCCAGGUCUCCACCUGGUUUGCCAACGCGCGGCGGCGGCUCAAAAAGGAGAACAAAAUGACCUGGACCCCGCGGAAUCGCAGCGAGGACGAGGAAGAAGAGGAGAACAUCGACCUGGAGAAAAAUGACGAGGAUGAGCCCCAGAAACUGGAGGAGAAGGGAGACCCCGGGACGCCGGACACAGGAGCGACGGAUUCUAAGGCAGCGUCGGGCUGCGAGCGUCUUCAGGAGUCCCCUGCCCCCCAGGAGGCCGAGGGCAGCCUCAGCGACUCGGAUUGCAAAGAGCCAGCGGAGGAGCGGCUCGACGGGCCUCCCGGUCCCCCAAAGGCUUCCGGCUCUUCUCCGCUGGGACCGUGUCCGGUGGGCCGCGGGCCACCUCCAGCGGGCGGCGAGGAACCCCCGCCGUACCGCCCGCCCUCCGCUGCCGCUGGGCCACCGCACGCCACCGACCUGCACCCGCUGCUGCCUGCCCCCACUGGCGCCUCUGUCAUCCACUCGCCGCAGCAAGCGGCCCUCGCCAAGCCCAAGCUCUGGUCGCUGGCCGAGAUCGCCACCUCGGCGGACAAGGCAAAGGAGGCUGGCGGCGAAACGGCGCCCCCCGGGCCCGCCGUGCUAGGUGGCGGUGGCCCGUCGCGUUCGCCGCCGCGGCCGCGCUCGCCACCGGCGCAGUGCCCCUUCCCCAACGGGGCGGUCCUGCCGCGGCCUCUCUACUACACGGCGCCGUUCUAUCCCGGCUACACGAACUACGGCUCCUUCGGGGCCCUGCACGGGCACCCCGCCAGUGGCCCCGCUGCCACCGCGCCCGGCGCCCACUUCAAUGGAUUAAACCAGACUGUCCUCAGCAGAGCCGAGAGCCUGACUAAAGACACUAAAAUGAUCAGGAGCCAGUCUCAAGUAGACCUUUGCAAAGACUCACCUUACGAACUGAAGAAAGAUCUAUGCGUAGCGGCGGAAUAAAACACACGUAUUAAACGAAUGGCGGGGCUCGGUUUCGGACCCUGCAGUAGCACCUGAAGCCUUUUUCAAAGUGACUGGCGGUUAAGAAAAGAUCGGGUUCCGGCGGCGAGAGCCGCCUGCGGGACCGGGGCGAGGCGAGAGGCAUGCGGCAGCGGCACCGGGCCAUGGCCGGGCGCGGGAAGGACGCUGCUUCCGGAGGGAAAGGCUUAAAUCAGGCCACGCACAAAAGCACUUGUUAGAAACACCAAAUUGUAGCGCAGUCCCAUCUUUUAACCUAAUUACUUCCAAUCAGUGUCGUGUCUUAUGCAAAGCAAUCAGCUGGUGAACUUCGCUAAUGAGUUCGAUUUUCUGCCAGAUUUAGCCCGCGUCGCUGCCGCAGAGGCGCCGCAGCGGUGUCCGGGGACAGGCACUAACGGAUAAAAGGCUCUGGGUACGGCGCGGGGCGCUUCUGUCUCGACCCUCUUCCCCCUCUCCCCACACGCGGCGUUCUGCACGCCUGCCCUCGGCCUAUGGGCCAGCCGCGCGGCCCCGCGCAGGGCCGGCCGCGGGCGCGGUGCUUCCCGGCGCCGGCAGGUAGGUGUCACACUCGGCCCGGGUUUGGCUCCCGCCGCCCGCUCGCCGGUGCGAGAGCCCCUCAGGGCUGCCGCUCCCCAUGCAGCACAGCGCCCGCCACUCCACGACGGGUGGCAGACUGCGGUGGCCGUCGGGGCUGGGUGCGGGCCACGGGGGUGCUCCCGGCCACUGGAGCGCACCUGGAGCCCUCUCGGCGCGUUUCCGCCGCUCCGCAUCCCGAGCCGCGAGAAGAGCUGGUUCCCUCACCGGUGCUGUGUUCCCAGACAGCAUCCGUCCCAGAACCUCGACCCUAAGCCAGUCCCACCUGCGCGGUGACCCCAGCAGCCCGGGUCCCCCCCAAACAAGUAAUGGCAAGAACCUACUCCAGCACCUCGAUCCGGGGCCGUUUUUUACCCGGUUCAAAUAGAGUUUUGCCGGUGUCAGUUAUAUGCAAGCCUAUCACUGCUGUUAAUGUGACAGGAAUGUCACUGGAACCGCUGGAGCUGGUGCUGAGACACCCCUCCGCUCUGCCUGAGCUUUUUGCUUUACGAGCCAGAUAAUUAUUUUGUAAUCUCUUCAAUUUUGUCAGAGCCAUUUAUUAGCUGUAACAGGUAUUCAUGUAUUCACCUUUUACGGGAUUUAAAAUAGUAGUUUGUGUUUUAAA